AUGGUAUAUAUUAAUGCCACGGUCGGCCACUCUGCUUCUCUUUCCACAGCCAAACCAUCAAGGUCAUCAUCACAAAGCUUCACCAACACCACACCACUUCAAACCAAAAACCAACAAACCAUCCAAUCAAAAUGGGUCCAUGCAACUGCAACUCCGGCUGCUCCUGCGCCAGCAAGGAAAGCUGCAACUGCAAGUAAAUGCAACGACACGAUAUGUCUGAAUCAGACCGAGAAUGAGGGAAUGCCAUGUCAAUGUCCGCUCCAUUCCCAUUCGACGAUGAUUGCAGCAUAG